AUGGCAGAAGAUGCUGAUAUGCGCAAUGAGCUAGAAGAAAUGCAGCAGCGGGCUGAUCAGAUAACUGAUGAGUCCCUUGAAAGCACCCGUCGUAUGCUGCAGCUUGUUGAAGAGAGCAAGGAUGCUGGUAUCAGGACCUUGGUUAUGUUGGAUGAGCAAGGAGAACAACUCGAUCGUGUUGAAGAAGGCAUGAACCAUAUCAACCAAGACAUGAAGGAGGCCGAGAAAAAUUUAAAAGAUUUAGGGAAAUGCUGUGGCCUUUUCAUUUGUCCUUGUAACAAGCUUAAAUCAAGUGAUGCUUAUAAAAAAGCCUGGGGCAACAAUCAAGAUGGAGUUGUAGCCAGCCAGCCUGCCCGUGUUGUGGAUGAACGAGAACAGAUGGCCAUCAGUGGUGGGUUUAUCCGCAGGGUAACAAAUGAUGCCCGAGAAGGUGAGAUGGAUGAAAACCUGGAACAGGUCGGCGGCAUCAUUGGAAACCUCCGUCACAUGGCUCUAGAUAUGGGCAAUGAGAUUGAUACACAGAACCGCCAAAUGGACAGGAUCAUGGAGAAGGCUGUUUCCAACAAAAACAGGAUUGAUGAAGCCAAUCAACGUGCAACAAAGAUGCUGGGCAGCAGUUAAAGACAACCAGGGGCCGAUCCUUCUGCACACACUGUCCCUGAGGGCAGCAAUCUCAUGCUUUUUCUCAUGGUAUUUACCAACUAGGUUUGCAUACGUGCACAUAUCAGCCCCUCUUCUUCCUUCCCUCUGUAAAUGUUGUCCUGUGUAAGUUGUCAGCUUUCCAAAAAUAAUACUUGUAAAUUUAUUUUUAUUUCCCAGACCCCUUCCUUUCCAAAGGUUGUAUGUAUAUAGUACUGAUUUAAUGGCUACAACUCAUGACUAUGUUCUAUUUAUUUGUUGGGUUUUUCCUUCCUCCCUUCCUCCCUCUCUCCCUCCAUUCCAGUCCACCCCUUGCAUUUUCUGUCCAUUUUUGGUUGGUGGGUUUUUUCUUUUUUUUUCUUUUUUCUUAAAAUUAUGACGUUUCUGCUAAAUGAAAAACAAAAUGUAGGAAUGCUCAACGUGCUGUUAAACCUUGAACUACACAGUAUUGUUCUUGUAAAACUGUUAACAUUUCACAGAGCUGCCCCCCCAGAAGUCUCUUCUUUGAACAUCAUGGUUGUUUAAGCACUUAAGAACCCCAUGUUCCCUCAAUUUCUCCAUUGCUGUCAUCCGUUGUUCUAAGUUCAUAAUAAGACAAUGUGGAAUUAUAUAACUUAUAACAAGCAUUGCACUAAGCAAAACAGUGAUGUGAUUUAUGCAUUUAUUGCAUGAAAAAUAGACUUUUAGACUCUUUAACUUAAGUGAGACUUUUCCAUGGCAGUAAUAACAUCAGUGACAACAAAAGAAAACAAAAAAUUAGCAUGCUUGGUAUUGGGACCCUGUCAGGACUAUGUUAUACCAGCAAGUCUGCAGUAGCACCGUCUUAUUUUUCCAUAUAAAGAUGUUGGUUCCCCUUUUUUUCGUUCUUUUCGUUCACCUCAUUUUAAGACCAAAUAAUUGGAUCCGGCACUUAUCAUUUCAUCAUUGCCAGCAAAUAAAACAUUUGGCUGAAACACAACAACAAACAACAACAAAAAAAGCAUCAGCAAAUAAGAUAUAAGUGUAAUAUAUAGAGUUUGUCUGCUGCUUUCAAAAAUUGUCUUUUUUCAGGGGGAGGGAUGGCUAUCAUAUGAAAUGUUGCAGAGAAAUGUAAUUUUUAUAAGGCUGUAUCUUUCUAGCUCUCUCGCUCUCUCUCUCUCUCUCUCUCUUUCUCUCUCACACACGCUUUGGCGUGCACGCACACACACAAACACACACACACACACACACACAAACAGACUCCUUUUCUUCUUUUCUUUUCUCCCCUCCCCCAUGUGGUUUGUUAUUAAUACAGUUCUCUGUUGCUUAUCUAGAGCUAUGCAUACCAAAAUCACGGCGAUGUUUAGUAGCUGUAAUUGAUUUUAAAAUAAAACAAAAUAAAAAUAACUUACGUGAAUGAAUUCUAGAUAAAA